AUGUCCAACGCUGUAUGGCAGUAUACCGCGCCCGGCCGCCUCUCGACCACUCUCACCGCGUCCACCCGCCCAAUCCCCACUCCCGGGCCGGGCGAGGUGGUCGUCGGGGUCAAGGCCGCGGCACUCAACCCGGUCGACGAGCAGCUGGCACAGAGUAGUCCCCGCCUCCUCAAGUUUAUCGGCGCGACCGAGCCUAGCGAGACGAGCCCUCUGACCCCGUCGUCUGACUUUGCUGGCGUCAUCACCGCCGUCGGCGAUGGCGUCACGCAGUUUACGGUCGGCGACGAGGUAUAUGGCCAGCGCUUCUCUGCAGACGGCAAUGGUUUCCUAGCCGAGUAUGUGUGCAUCCCGGCGUCGGCGCCCUUUAUCCACAAGCCGGCCGGGCUGGACUGGGCGCAGGCGGCGGCUGUGCCGCUCGUCUAUUCGACCGUCUACGACGCGCUGGUCGUCUGGGGCCGGCUGCCGUUCGACCCGACCGACGAGGACAAGGCCAAGCAGCGCACCGUGCUGGUCCUGGGCGGUAGCAGCGGCACGGGCUCGGCGGCCAUCCAGCUCGCGCGCAAGAUGGGCCUGCGCGUCGCUGCCACUUGUUCUGCCGCCAACGCCGAGCUCGUCAAGAGCCUCGGCGCCGAGGAGGUCAUCGACUACACGACCGAGGACGUGACUGCGCGGGCGCUCGCCUCGCCUCUGGCCCCGUUUGCCGAGAUCCUCGACUGCGUGGGCGGCACCGACCUCGUCCCGCACCUCGACGCGCUCAUCCUCGCCGACGCCGCCGCGCCCCAGCUGGGCGUGUACGUCACCAUCGUGGGCGACAAGACGUCGCGCGACGCCAUGGGUGGCGCCGUCACAAACUUGUACUAUCCGGCCCAGGCGAUCCGCACACUCAAGGGCGUCGUGGGCGAGUACCUGCCCAACUGGAUUCCCGGCCCGCUCCGCUCGCUCGUCGCUGGCAAGCGGUACGCGUGUAUCAGGCUCGUGCCGACAAAGGACAAGCUGGCGACGUAUGAGAGCUUCAUGGCUGCUGGGGGCAAGAUUACGCUCGACUCGACGCACGAGUUUGCGCAGGCCAAAGCGGCGUACGAGCGGCUCGAGAGUGGGCGCGCGCGCGGCAAGGUGGUUGUACAGGUCGCAAAGUGA